UUUGUCAGGCUCAAAUCUCCACAAAGAAUCAUCUGACAUUGUAAUAUUAAAAUGUGUGUUUUGGAUUGGAGCAUAAGAACAAGUAUUUUUGGUCAACAUAUUGAGCCGCCACAAUAUUUUACAUAUCAAAAACUUGAAUUUUUAAUUAAAUUUUCUCUUUUAGUAAUUUGAGUAUCAGUUUCAUAAGCAUUUUCCAGUUUUCCCACUUGUCCAUUUUUCAUUUCUCAGUACUGCAAAUUUUCAUGGAAAACGUUAGAGAAAAUCUUCAGGUGGUGGUGUUCCCAUGGUUAGCCAUGGGCCACCUAAUACCCUUCUUCCACCUCUCCAAAUGCUUAGCCCAAAAGGGUCACAAAGUUUGGUUCGUCUCCACACCAAGAAACCUCACUAAAAUUCCCAAAGUACCCCCACACCUCUCUUCACUCCUCAACCUCGUCAGCCUUCCUUUACCGCAAAUACCAAAUUUACCCCUAAACGCCGAGUCCGCCGCCGAUGUACCCUUCCGCACCCAAUCACUCCUCAAACAAGCCUUCGACUCGCUCGAGCCGGCUCUAGCCGCCUUCCUCCAAUCCUCCAAGCCCGAUUGGAUCAUCUACGACUUCGCUUCCCACUGGAUCCAUCGACGCGCCGCCGAGCUCGGCGUCUCCCGCGCUUUCCUCGCGCUAUUCAACGCCGCCUGGCUCUCCUUCAUCGGUCCGCCGUCGUGUCUCAUCGACGGCCUGGAUGCGAGAUCGACUGCGGAGGAUUACACGGUGGUUCCGAAGUGGAUUCCGUUUGAGUCUCGCUUGGUUUAUCGGUACCACGAGAUCGCUAAGAACGUAGAUAGAGAGAUCGACGUGAAUAUCCAGACGAUUACGAACGAUUCGAUGCGUUUUGGUCUCGCCAUUGAUGAGAGCGAGGUCGUCGCUGUUAAAAGCCGCCCCGAGUUCGAACCGGAAUGGUUCGAUUUGCUCGGCCAACUUUACCGGAGACCGGUUUUUCCAAUCGGUUUUCUGCCGCCGGUGGUGGAAGACGACGGAGGAGGAGAUGAUGUCGUGGAUUGGGUGGAAAUCAAGGAGUGGUUGAAUGAACGGAAAGAGAAGUCUGUGGUUUACGUGGCGCUUGGGACUGAGGCCACUCUGACUCGAGAGCAACUCACUGAGUUGGCUCUUGGCCUGGAGCUAUCCGAGUUACCGUUCUUCUGGGUGAUCAGAAACUCGCCGGGGUCACCUCAGCCUGAAUCGGAGAUGUUACCAGGUGGGUUCUUGGAGCGGGUCAAGGAUCGAGGAAGGGUUUAUGUUGGGUGGGCGCCGCAAGUGAGGAUACUGAGUCAUGACUCGGUGGGUGGAUUCUUAACUCACUGUGGUUGGAACUCGGUUGUGGAGGGACUCGGACACGGCCGAGUUCUGGUGUUGCUUCCGAUGUUGAAUGAUCAAGGAAUCAAUGCAAGGCUUUUGAGUGAGAAGGGAGUUGGGGUGGAGAUUCCCAGGGAUGAGUUUGAUGGGUCGUUCACAAGAGACUCGGUGGCUGAGUCAGUAAGAUUGGCAAUGGUGGAUGACUCGGGCGAGUUGAUGAGACUUAAGGCAAAUGAAAUGAAGGGACUUUUCGGAGACAAGGAUGGAAAUGAACUUCACUUGAACCAGUUCAUCAAUUUUCUAAAAGAGAAUAGAUGAGGGCAUAGUUGCAUAAUUCUUAUUAAACAAUCCACAAUAUCGAAUUGGGUAUUCCCACCCAAAUUUUAAAAUUUUAAAUUAUGUCAGAUAUUGUGGUUUCGUUUUCUAUCUAUAAAUGUCGUUUAUAUUGAUUA